GAUGGAAAUAGUUUGGAUAAAUAGGCCUCCAGGUCUGUUAGUCCGGAGGGUCUGACUUGAGGACAAUGGAUUCCCUACUUGCCUUGCUGCUGUUGGCUGUCGGAGCUUAUGGCUGUGGUGUUCCCACCUACAAGCCGGCCACAUCCAGGGUGGUAAAUGGCGAGGACGCCGUGCCACACAGUUGGCCUUGGCAGGUGUCACUCCAGUACACUUCUGGAGGAUUGUGGUAUCACACCUGUGGUGGAUCUCUCAUCUCAUCUGAAUGGGUGUUGACCGCAGGUCACUGCAUCAGCACCUCCAGAGUGUACAGAGUUCAGCUCGGAAGACACUUCCUGAGACAGGCCGAAUCCAACGUCAAGACCGUCAGCGUCACCAAGCUCAUUAACCAUCCCAGAUGGAACCCCAAUGUUCUAUCCAACGGGAAUGACAUCUCCCUCCUUAAGCUGGCAGAACCUGUAGAAUUCAGCGACACCAUCCAGCCCGCUUGCCUGCCCCCUGCUGGCGCCAUCCUUGAAAACAAUUUUGGCUGCUACGUCACCGGCUGGGGGAACCUUCAGACCGAUGGACCUGGUGCAGAUGCCCUGCAGCAAGGUCUUUUUCUGGUUGUGGACCACGCCACCUGCUCUCAGCGUGACUGGUGGGGAGUAACGGUGAAGGACAACAUGGUCUGUGCCGGAGGAGACGGCAUUGUGUCAUCCUGCUAUGGUGACUCCGGCGGACCCCUGAACUGCCAGAAUUCUCAGGGCGGCUGGGAGCUUCACGGUGUCGUUAGCUUCGGAUCGUCUCUGGGAUGUAACUACUACAAGAAGCCCUCCGUCUUCACCAGAGUCUCCGACUAUAACAGCUGGAUCAGCACGACCAUCGCAUCCAACUAAAGCUGAUCUGCGAUCCGGGAGUCUGCCUGAUAUUCUGAGGAUUCCUGAUCGUUCGAUGCGGAGUUCCUUCAUUUAAUUUUUUGGCUUUUCCAGAAAAAAUACUGUUUUCCUGUUCUGGAGCAAUAAAGUUAUUUUCCUGCUAUCAUUCA